UAAGUGUCAGAUAAAAUAAGAACACUGGAGACUGAAAGUGAAACUGUUGAAGCUGAACAAUUUCAACUCCGUAGCAUUUAAGAACGUUCAAGAUAUCUAAUACGAAAAUUCCUGCCUCACACCUCACACUGCUCGGCUAUAACAAGAUAAUUCCUUCAAGAUGGGGCACUUUUCCAAACCUGUGCAACAGACAUCCAUACCAUUGCAGGUGGUGUUACUUGGUAAAACAGGAGCAGGGAUAAGUGCAACAGGAAACACCAUCCUGGGACGAAACGAUUUUCUCUCAAAGAAAAUAUUAAAAUCAGUGACUGCUGAUAUUGAGAAACAAAAUGUCACCAUUGAAGGAAUAGAUCUUGUCGUGUAUGACACUCCAGGAUUCUGUAACCCCGAUCAAUCUGAAGAGCAAAUUCAGGAGAAAUUCCAGAAUGUCCUCAAGUUAACCUCAUCUGGUCCCCGUGUGUUUCUCCUGGUGAUGAAGGCAGAGAGAUUAACAGCAGAGGAGAAGAGGGUCAUCAGUAAAGUAGAAGAUCUUCUAGGAGAAAGUCUUUUGAAGCAAACCUGGAUCCUGUUCACCAGAGGAGAUGAGUUAGAAGACCAGACUAUAGAAGAAUUCAUUGCUGACUCAGAUGACCUGACAGAAGUGAUGAGAAAAUACAGUGGAAGAUACCAUGUGUUCAACAACAAGAGGGGUGAUCCUGAGCAGGUCAAAUCACUGCUGGAAAAGACAUCUCCAUGUCUCAAGUCAACUGUUUCAAGGAAUCACCCAGAGAGAAGGAUUGUUCUGCUUGGAAAAACCGGUGUUGGGAAGAGUGCAACAGGAAACACCAUCCUAGAUAGAGAUUAUUUCCAUUCUGAACUGAACAUGUCCUCAGUAACACGUAAAACAGAAAUGAAGCAGGCAGCAGCAGAUGGGAGGGAUGUCAGGGUGGUUGACACUCCAGGACUGUUCGACACAGAACUUACUGCUGAAGAAUUAGCAAAGGAGAUUGUUAGGAGCAUCUAUGUGUCUAGUCCAGGGCCUCAUGCCUUCCUUUUAGUUUUACGAGUCAAUGACAGGUUCACAGAGCAGGAGAAAAAAGCUAUUGAAAUUCUAGAGAGUGUGUUUGGGUCAGGACUGGCAAAGCACACCAUCAUCCUCUUCACCCAUGGAGAUGCGUUAGAGGGUAACAGUCUAGAGAAGCUGAUUGGUGGGAACAGAGACCUCAGUAGAUUGGUAGAGCAGUGUGGGGGGAGGUACCAUGUCCUCAACAAUACAGCUGGAGGAAACAGAGCUCAGGUCACAGAGCUGAUGGAGAAGAUAGACAGAAUGGUGGAGAAGAAUGGAGGAACCUGCUACACCAAUGAGAUGUUUGAGGAGGCAGCCAGGGUUAAGAAAGAGCAGGAGCUGAUGGUGAGGAGGGAGAGGAGGGAGAGGGAAAGGGAGAGGAUGGAGCGGGAGAGGAUCCAAAAGGAGAUAGAGGAGUGGAUCCAGAAGGAGAAGGAGUGGAUCCAGAAGGAGGAGGAGGAGAGAGAACUUCAAGAGGAGAAAAAGCAACAUGUUCAGAAAGACACAGAGCAAAGGUGUAAAGAAGAAUCAGACAGGCCUCCAGGAAAUGGAACAGAGAUAAAUGAAGAUACAAUUAGAAGAGAAGAAGAGGAAAACCAGAGCCUGGCUCUGGCCCAACCCAUCGAUUUAUGGGACCAAUCAGAACGUGUUCGCAUUCUAGAAAUUGUCGGGGAGGGAGGCAAAUCCAGACUCAUUGUGGAGAAGAAACGUCCGUUGGCCAGAGUGAUGUAG